AAAGAUCGCUUCAUUAACAGAAUAUAGCCCAUUGUGCAGCUCUAGUGCGACGUAAAUUAACAACAACAACAUUAAUAGAAUUACAGAGCUGUAAGCUAAUGCAAAGAGCUCGCAGCAAUGCUCUACAAUCUCUAACUAGCGGGAAUACAAGUUUGUUCAUUUACCUUCUGAAACAUUAGGUUACCUUCUAAAUACUAGACUUAGGAUUAACUAUUUGGAAAGAAAAAAUAUGUCAGCUGUAGACAUUGAAAUUCUCGAUAAAAGUACAGAGAAUUUCAUCGAAAAAGCGAAAGAUCACAUGCCAUGGGUUGAAAAGUAUAGACCUAAAGCCUUCAGUGACAUUGUUGGUAAUCAAGAAGCUAUUGAACGUUUUGAGGUUUUCUCCAGAGAAGGAAAUAUCCCAAAUGUAAUUUUAGCUGGACCCCCUGGUGUUGGUAAAACAACUACUAUUUUAUGUUUAGCUAAGAUAAUGCUUGGUCCCUGUUUUAAAGAUGCAGUUAUGGAGCUCAAUGCUUCAAAUGAUAGAGGUAUUGAUGUAGUACGAAACAAAAUAAAAAUGUUUGCCCAACAAAAAGUAACACUUCCAAAAGGAAAACACAAAAUUAUCAUAUUGGAUGAAGCAGACAGCAUGACAGAAGGUGCUCAGCAGGCUUUAAGAAGAACAAUGGAGAUAUAUUCUAAAACCACUCGAUUUGCCUUAGCUUGUAAUGCUUCAGACAAAAUCAUUGAACCAAUUCAAUCGAGAUGUGCUAUGGUACGAUUUGGAAAACUUUCUGAUCUUCAAAUACUCACAAAAAUUAUGGAAGUGUGUAAGAGAGAAAAUGUAAGCUAUACUGAUGAUGGUCUGGAGGCUCUUAUAUUUACUGCACAAGGUGACAUGAGACAGGCUUUGAAUAAUUUGCAGUCUACCUUUUCUGGGUUUGGUCAUGUUAGUAGUGAAUAUGUAUUUAAGGUUUGUGAUGAGCCCCAUCCUCUGCUUAUAAAAAAUAUGCUUCAGUUUUGCGUUGAAUCCAAAUUGGAGGAAGCCUACAAAAUACUUCUUCAUCUUUGGAAACUUGGUUAUGCAUGUGAAGAUAUAAUUACAAACAUUUUCAGGGUUUGCAAAACCCAUGAUAUGCCUGAAUUCUUGAAGCUUCAAUUUAUCAAAGAAAUUGGUUUUGCUCACCUAAGAAUUGUUAAAGGUGUUCAGUCCCUGCUUCAGUUAUCAGGUCUUCUAGCCUGCCUCUGUAAUAAAGCAAAAUCUGACUCAUAAGUAACCUAUCAAGUAUAUAAAUUGUAACCUAUGUAUUUUUAAUAAAGAAAUUUUUGCUUA